AUAUUUUAGUAAUUUGGAUUUAAUGACUCUAAAAUGAAUAACCUAACUGGUUUUCCUGGUAAAAGAAAGAACUUGUGUGAUGUUUGCGACAAGUCGUUCAGUCAAAGUUGCAAUUUGACAACACAUCGACGGACCCACACAGGUGAGAAACCAUACAUAUGCGAUGUAUGCAACAUGUCAUUCAGUCAAAGUGGCUCAUUGACGAGUCAUCGACGGACUCACACAGGAGAGAAACCAUACGCGUGUGAUAUAUGUGAAAAAUCGUUCAGUGAUAGUGGCACAUUGAAGAAACAUCGACGUACCCACACAGGAGAGAAACCAUUUACGUGCGAUAUAUGUGAAAAGUCGUUUGCUGAAAGUAGUUCAUUGACGAGUCAUCGACGGACUCACACAGGAGAGAAACCAUACGCGUGUGAUAUAUGUGAAAAAUCGUUCAGUGAUAGUGGCACAUUGAAGAAACAUCGACGUACCCACACAGGAGAGAAACCAUUUGCGUGCGAUAUAUGUGAUAAAUCUUUCAGUCAGAGUUGCAAUUUGACAACACACCGACGUACCCACACAGGAGAGAAACCAUACAUAUGCGAUGUAUGCAACAUGUCAUUCAGUCAAAGUGGCUCAUUGACGAGUCAUCGACGGACUCACACAGGAGAGAAACCAUACGCGUGUGAUAUAUGUGAAAAAUCGUUCAGUGAUAGUGGCACAUUGAAGAAACAUCGACGUACCCACACAGGAGAGAAACCAUUUGCGUGCGAUAUAUGUGACAUGUCGUUUAGUCAAAGUUGCCAUUUGACAACACAUCGACGGACCCACACAGGUGAGAAACCAUAUGCGUGUGAUGUAUGCGAAAAAUCAUUCAGUAAAAGUGGCACAUUGACGAGUCAUCGACGGACCCAUACAGGAGAAAAACCAUACGCGUGUGAUGUAUGCGACAUGUCUUUCAGUCAAAGUGGCUCAUUGAAGAAACAUCGACGUACCCACACAGGAGAGAAACCAUUUGAGUGCGAUAUAUGUGACAAGUCGUUUGCUGAAAGUAGUUCAUUGACGAGACAUCGACGGACCCAUACAGGAGAUAAACCAUACGCAUGUGAUGUAUGCGAAAUGUCUUUCAGUAAAAAUGGCACAUUGACGAGUCAUCGACGGUCUCACACAGGAGAGAAACCAUACAUUUGUGAUGUAUGUGAUAAAUCAUUCAGUGAAAGUGGCAAAUUGACUACACAUCAACGGACCCACACGGGUGAGAAACCAUAUGCGUGUGAUGUAUGUGAAAAAUCAUUCAGUGAAAGUGGCACAUUGAAGAAACAUCGACGUACCCACACAGGAGAGAAACCAUAUGCGUGUGAUGUAUGCGAAAAAUCAUUCAGUGGAAGUGACACAUUGAAGAAACAUCGACGUACCCACACAGGAGAGAAACCAUUUGCGUGCGAUAUAUGUGACAAGUCGUUUGCUGAAAGUAGUUCAUUGACGAGACAUCGACGGACCCACACGGGCGAGAAACCAUACAUUUGUGAUGUAUGUGAUAAAUCAUUCAGUAAAAGUGGAUCAUUGAAGAGUCAUCGACGUAUCCAUACAGGAGAAAAACCAUACGUGUGCGAUGUAUGUGACAUGUCGUUUGCUGAAAGUAGUUCAUUGACGAGUCAUCGACGGACCCACACGGCCCAGAAACCAUAAAUAAAUCAGAUUAUCAUUUUAUGAUAGCACAGUUAAUGGGUUAUUAUUGUCAUGUUAUUAUUUCUUAAUAUUAAAUUGCUAAUUUUUCAUAAUCAUA